GGCCUGCUCUGGGUCCUCCCUGUGCAGCCCGUGCGGGGACGUCUCGGAGACCCCGCGCCGACGGCUGCUCAAACAUCACGCUGGCCCCUCCAAGGACACUCCCCAAGUCCCCAGCUGGGGGCUCAGCGUAGGCCUGGAGUGGAGACCCCUCUCCUUCCCUUCAUGAUUCGAUAGUAGCUCAGUGGAGAUGGAUGAUGAGGACGGGCGAUGCUUGCUAGACGUGAUUUGUGACCCUCAAGCCCUCAAUGAUUUUUUACAUGGAUCAGAGAAAAUUGACAGCGAUGACCUUUUGGAUAACACGGGGGAAGCCACAAGUGCCUUCUUUGAAGGGGCUGGGCUCCAUGUUCAAGAAGCACCAGGCAACCACUUGAACCCGGAGCCCAGCCAGCCCGCGACCAGCGUGGACCUGGACUUCCUGGAGGAUGACAUCCUGGGCUCUCCGUCCGCCGGGGGUGGCGGUGGAGGCGGAGGCUCGGGGGGCGCCGAGCAGCCGUGCGACAUCCUUCAGCAGAGCCUGCAGGAGGCCAACAUCACGGAGCAGACGCUGGAAGCCGAGGCCGAGCUGGACCUGGGCCCCUUCCAGCUGCCCGCUCUGCAGCCGGCCGACGACGGUGGUGGGGCUGGUGGGGCUGCGGCCGCCGCCGGAGCCCAGGCUCUCUUCCCUGGCGGCGCCGACCUCCUCGGCCUCCAGCCGCCGGCUGUCUUGACUCACCAAGCCCUGGUGCGGCCGCCCGACGUGGUGAACGUGAACAAGGCCCUCGGCGUCCAGCCCUUCCUGCAGCCCGUCGGCCUGGGCAACGUGACCCUGCAGCCCAUUCCUGGCCUUCAAGGGUUGCCCAACGGCAGUCCUGGGGGUGCCGCAGCCGCCGCCCUGGGCCUGGCGCCCAUCCAGGUGGUAGGGCAGUCUGUGAUGGCCCUCAACCCGCCGGCCCCCCAGCUCCUCGCCAAGCAAGUGCCCGUGGGGGGCUAUCUGGCCCCAGCAGCACCGGCCGAACCCGGCCCUGUGACGCUGGCCUCUGCCGGGGUCUCCCCGCAGGGGGCCGGCCUGGUCAUUCAGAAGAACCUUUCGGCCGCCGUCGCCACCACCCUGAAUGGGAACUCGGUGUUUGCUGGGGGCGGGGUGCCCGGGACAGCGGCUGCAGGCGGAGCUGCGGGCCCGGGGGGCCAGCCGCUGGCAGUGGCCUCGGGCCUGGGAGCCUCCUCCCUGGUGCCGGCGCCCAACGUGAUCCUGCACCGUACCCCAACACCCAUCCAGCCCAAGCCGGCGGGCGUCCUGCCCCCGAAGCUCUACCAGCUCACGCCCAAGCCUUUCGGCACCGCCGGUGCUACGCUCACCAUCCAGGGCGAGGCGGGCGGUCUGCCCCAGCCUCCCAAGGCCCCCUCCAAUCUGACCUUCAUGGCUGCGGGCAAGGCGGGCCAGAACGUGGUGCUCUCCGGCUUCCCGCCCUCGCUGCCGGCCAACGUCUUCAAGCCGCCUCCCGCCACAGCGGGCAGCACGCCAGGCACCUCGGCAGCUCCCCCACCCGGCACCCUCAGCAAGCCCAUGAGUGUCCACCUCCUCAACCAGGGCGGCAGCAUCGUGAUUCCCGCCCAGCACAUGCUCCAGGGCCAGAACCAGUUCCUUUUGCCUGGAGCCCCCACCGUCCAGCUCCCCCAGCCCAUCUCGGCCCUCCCCGCCAACGUGGGAGGGCAGAUCUUGGCCGCUGCGGCUGCCGCCCCCCACGCCGGGGGCCAACUCAUCGCCAAUCCGAUCCUCACCAACCAGAACCUGGCGGGGCCGCUCAGCCUGGGCUCCGUGUUGGCCCCCCACGCCGGCGGCCACGGGGCUGCUCACAUCCUCUCAGCUGCCCCCAUCCAGGUGGGUCAGCCCACCCUCUUCCAGAUGCCUGUGUCCCUGGCCGCCAGCAGCCUGCCCACCCAGAGCCAGCCGGCCCCUGCCGGCCCGACCGCCACCGCCACCGUCCUCCAGGGGGUCACGCUGCCCCCGAGUGCCGUGGCCAUGCUCAACGCGGCCGAGGGCCUGGUCCAGUCUGCGGCGGCCCCGGCCGGCGGCGAGACAGCUUCCGUCCUUACUGUGCAGGCAGCCCCCCAGGCCCCUCCUGCUGCCGCUGCAGUGCCUCCUGUGACCCCACUGCCGCUGGGCCUCCCGCAGCAGCCGCCGCCCCCGACCCCCACACAGCCCCCGACUCCCCAGCCGAGCCCCAGCCUGGCAUCCAGCCCCGAGAAGAUCGUCCUGGGACAGCCAGCUACCACCACAGCCGUCAUCACUCAGGAGUCCAUGCAGAUGUUCCUGCCCCAGAAGGAGAGGAGCCAGCAGUCCCCGUACCUCCCGCUGCCCAUGGAGGGCGCCCACCUCUCCCUGCCUCUGCCCGCCUACAGCGUCGCUGGCUCGGCCCCCAGCACCUCGAGCAGCGCGCCUGCCUCUGUCAUAGUGAGCAGCGGCGCGGGCCAGCCGCAGGCCCGCGACCCCGCCCCGGGCACCCCCGACACCAAAGGAGCCGGCCUCAUACCUCAGUUCCCCACCAGCCAGACUCCCCCGGCCCUGACCCCCCAGAUCUCAGCCGCUCAGCAGAAGGUCCCAGGGGCUUCCUCAUCCCCAUCGCUACCUCACCCGCCACCACUGGGCGAUAGCCCUCACCUGCCUUCCCCCCACCCUGCCCGGCCCCCCUCGCGACCUCCUUCCCGGCCCCACUCCCGCCCACCCUCCCAACCCCAGAGUGUAUCCCGGCCACCCUCCGAGCCUCCCCUGCACCCUUGCCCACCGCCUCAGCCCCUGCCUGGCCUCUUUGUCAUCCAGAACCCCCUGGGCCCUUCCUCCCAUGGGGCCCCUACUCCCGCCCCUGCCGCAGCCCCGACUCCCCCUCUGCGGCCCCCCUCUCAACCUCCUGAGGGUCCUGCACCUCCCCCUCCUCACCUGCAGGCACAGUUAGCGACCACCACCUCCGAUGCCACCUCCAGGAUGCCUGCCUCAGCACCCCCUGAUGCCCCUCACUCAAAUUCACCCCACUUCCAGCUCCAGUUUGCCCCAAGCCAAGUGCCCCUCAAACCCCCCACACCCACACCAGCGGUCCACCUUGCUUCAGAGCCCCCUCCACAACCUCCAGCCCCCCCACCGCCGAGGACCUUCCAAAUGGUGCCCAACCCAUUCCAGGCCCUGGCCACCCCGGCGGCCCAAUCCAAGCCACUCCUGGAGAGAUUCCACCAGGUGCCAUCUGGGCUCAUUCUCCAGGGUAAAGCUGCAGGUCCCCCAGCCACCCAGCAGACCCCCCAAACGCUGGGCCCCCUUGCCAGCCCGGCCCCAUCCAUCCUGGUUAGUGGACAGGCCCCACCUGGAGCUCAGGCCACCUCCAGUCACCCUCCUGCCCCAGCAGCCAGCACAGAUAGCAAAGUGUUUGGCAGCAGCGUUCCGGCCUUGGGCGGGGCCAAGGCAGGCACGGGGCAGGGAAAAACGUCUGGCCCAUCUCCGGGGCAGGUCGUUGCCAUGAGCCCAGGGCCCAGCCUAGGCCUUCCCAAGGGGCCCCUGCAGAUCCAGGUUGUGGGGAAAGGGCUCCCCGAGCUGAGACCUAGCCCCCCUGUCCAGUAUGAGAGCAAAAUGAGCAGCCUGAAGAAACCUGCCACCGUACAGCCCAGCAAAGAGGCCUGCUUUCUGGAGCACCUCCAUAGGCAUCAGGGCUCCGUGCUGCAUCCUGACUAUAAGACAGCCUUCCCCUCCUUCGAGGAUGCCCUACGCCGCCUGCUGCCAUAUCACGUCUACCAGGGGGCCCUGCCCUCUCCUCACGACCACCGAAGAGUGGACGAGGAGUUUGAGACUGUUUCCACGCAGCUGCUGAGACGCACUCAGGCCAUGCUGAAUAAAUACCGCCUGCUUCUCCUGGAGGAGUCCCGGAGGGUGAGCCCUUCUGCAGAGAUGGUCAUGAUUGAUCGGAUGUUUAUCCAAGAGGAGAAAACCACCCUGGCCCUGGACAAGCAGCUGGCCAAGGAGAAGCCUGAUGAGUAUGUGUCCUCCAGGCCUCACGGCCUUCCGGUCUUGGGAUCAGAGAGCCAUGGUGCCCACCGGCUGAGCUGCACCCCAGCCCACCCCCCACUCUCUUCCUCCUCCUCGGGGGCCCCGACCCAGCUGCCCCCGCACCCACCCACCAAGCUGGUGAUUCGGCACGGUGGGGCCGGCGGCUCUCCCUCCGUGACCUGGGCCCGCCCUUCCUCCUCCUCAUCCUCCUCCUCUUCCUCCUCUGCGGCUUCUUCGCUGGAUGCGGACGAGGAUACGCCCCUGCCGUCCCGGAGCCGCCCGCCCAUCAAAACCUAUGAGGCGCGGAGUCGGAUUGGCCUCAAACUGAAAAUAAAGCAGGAGGCCGGCCUCAGCAAGGUGGUCCACAACACAGCCUUGGACCCUGUCCACCACCCUUCUCCAGGACCCAAGGGGACCGAGCCCCCGGCCCCAGCCCUGGCCUCUUCGGGCCAGAUGAACGGGACAGUAGAGCACCCCCCUGCACCCCCGGAUCGGAAGCCAGCCCCACCCACCUCUCAGUGCCCCAGGCUGCCCCUCCGCAAGACGUACCGGGAGAACGUGGACGCCUUCAGCAGCUGCCGGGCCGGGGCCCCCCGGGCAGCCGCAGGGGGGAGCCCGGCCCCGGCCCCCCUCGUAAAAUCGGACGACACCACCAGCGGCCUCAUCCGGGAGCUGGCCGAGGUGGAAGACGAGUUGUACCAGCGGGUGAUGAAGGCGGCCCCCCUGGAGGUGGUGACCGCUGGGACUGGGGCCGGAGCUGGGCCCGCCUGGGAGGCGCCUCCCUUGCCGCCGGCCAAAAGGCGCAAAUCGGAGUCCCCGGACAUGGACAACGCCAGCUUCUCCAGCGACAGCCCCCAGGACGACUCCCUGACGGAGCACCUGCAGAGCGCCAUCGACAGCAUCCUCAACCUCCAGCAGGCGGCCCCUCAGCCCUCCGGCCGGACUGCGGGCGGCGCCUCGCACCCCCACCCGGCCGCCUCCCCUCCCCUGCACCGGCCCGACGGCUACCUGGGCCCCAGCCACAACGGGGGCCUGGGCGCCAGGACGUUGAAUAGAUAACAGCAGAGCACCCCCCGCCCUUCCCUCCGCGGCCCCUGCAGACAGCCCCGAGGAUGUGCGUCCAGGGAGGGUCAGGUCAGGGUCCCCCCUCUUCC